UUUUCUUAAGAAAUAAAAAGAAAUAAUAUAGGUGAAUAAAAAAAUAUAUAAAGAAUGAAAAAAAAACUUUCUUGUAGACGAUUGUUCGUCAAUGAUAAAGUAUUUGCGAGGGGAGUGCGCUAAAAUGGUAUGGGGGCAGAGAAGGGGAAAAAGUGUGCGUAUGGGAGUGGAAGGUUGAAGAAGAGAAUAGUUGAGAAUGAGAUCUAUGCGUGACCACGUGCGAUGCGACGACGCAUGGAGACGAUCGUCAUUGUAAGUUAAGCUAGAUUAUUGAAGUUCGAACAACUCUCCGAGUGAGUCUCUCAGUAAGCCUUGGCACGAUCUACCGAAUGGUAUAAAAUUUUCAUUCAUCAGAUGGCAACGACACGUAUCUCAUUAGAUCCGUAUAUUUAAUCGGGAAUCAAUACGAUCGAUUAUAUAUAUUUUCUUCAAUUUUUUACAAAUAUUUAUUUUUUUUAUUAUAAUAAUAAUACGAUUAUAAGUGCGUGUGUGUGUGGUUGAAGAAUUAAAAAGGAAACAACAAACAUUCUGUGUUCUACGAAGAAGCUAAUUAUAUAUAUAGAAAGAAAGAGAAUAAAAGAAAGAAGUUAGAAUUUGGGAAUAUAUUGGUUUUGACCGCAUAAAAAUAACAAAUAAAGGAAAUAUAACAUGGCCGUUCAUUUUGAUUUGGUUAACAAAAUAGCUCUGGUGAUUAUCGCUAUAUCAAUGGUGUAUUUCAUCGUGAUGGAUGUAUUAUUAUAUUCGAGAGUAAAGAAUUAUCGUAUAAGAGCAACAACUAACGAUACGCCGUAUCAACCAACGAUACCCUGUAAUUUGAAUCCUCUUUGCGCGGUAACAGUGAAAGGUUUGACAUUGGAUCAUCCAAAUCAUUUUCUUCUUAGUCCAUUGGCCGCCUUGAUGGAUAAAGUAUUGGGAAUUAGUCAAUAUUGGAAUUGGUUGACACCGAAUAUGAUUAGCGGUUUCCACGUGUUGGUUGCUGUAUUAGCAGGUAAAUGUGUAUCGAGCGAAUCCCUAACUCAAAGACGUCUCGGUGCGAUAUUAUUUCAAGUGAGAACAUAGCUAGACGAUUUGGACGGCCACGUAGCGAGACAGAGAGCUAACAUAUCGGGUGAACGAUCGGACGUUGGUUCACCUGGUUAUUUCGUAGACGGUUUUUGCGAUGCACUUGGAUGCGUUGCCUUGAUAACCGGACUUUAUUACUUUCUUAUUCGCUCUCCACCCAGACGAGGAGGAUACGAUAAACUGCAGAUCUUACCUUUGACCUCUGUCAUAUUAGAUGCCCCAUCGUCGUCAUCUUCUUUUCCGAACAUGUCAAUAAGGAACAUCGCACUUCCUAAUGUCCUCCUUAUAAUCGGCCACCUGAUCGUAGCCAGUGCUGCAUGGAACCGUUACAUCUGGCUUUACCAGGAUCUUCUGGAUUUAGACAUCGAGCCAUUCUCCAUCAAUACAGAACUCCUACACCUAAGGCAAACCAAUGUACUCAGAAGUAACUCGUUUUGGUUCGUUGCUCUAGGAUGGAAAAUGUUAAACGUACAUGCCGCCAUGGAUUAUCUUUUAUUGGCUAUAUUUUUCAAUCGCGUCUGGGAAUAUAUCAAAUUGUCCAGAUGGUCGUCCUACGUUCUUAUAUUUUUACUUAUAUAUUUGACUGAAUUUCAUUACCAAUAUGCUUACGAUUAUAUACACAUGGUACCCAUGAUUCUCGGUAGCGAGAGAUCUUCUUUGAUAGGCCUUAAUAAUCGAUGAGAUUAUCUAUUUAUCUAUCUUAUCUCUCUCGAAUCAUUUUUUUCUUCUUCUACUUCUUCUUCUUCUUGUCUUUUAGUUAACAAACUUAUCUUUUGAUAAUUCGAUAUUUUAUUGAUACAUUUUUCUCGUUCAUAGUAUUAGGUACAUAGGUAUACUAUUCACAUAACAUAUACGAAUAAUACAUAUUUUAAUAAGAAAGAAUACAAAUUUUAUUUAAU